UCAACCGCGUUUCAACACCGGUGUCUUCAGGAGAGCGUUCCAGCACUAUAUUGAUUCCCGGACCACUUCCCGGACGAGUGGCGGGAUCGGGAGCUGCAACAAACGGACAGUAGUUAAGAACGUGUGGCAGUAUUUGGCUAAAUUUGCGAAAGUGAACGGUAUGUGCGCUCUUACCCGAUGCCCAAAUCCUUGUUUCGUACAUCGUCAAACGACGGCUAGAUGUUCCGUUCCUGUGCGUUCCUGCGACGGAGCAAAAAAAAAAAAACAUCACCCGGAAUGCGAAACUACUCACCCAACGUAUGCACUGGACGUACCGCGCAUUCAGCAUCCAGAAGUAUCGUCUGGCAGAAGAGCGUGUGAAACAACAAGUACAGCACACUGCCUCCCCGCCAGACCGGCAGACAUCCACGCGCACGAAACACUCUCCACACUCUCGCGAUGGCCACUUGCACGCAUCUCAGGCAGUCCUGGAUGCUGGAGAGACUCAGCACACGCGCGUUGGUAAGCCUGGCAGGAUGUGCACAGCAAACACAAAUCACUCGCGCGAGCUUUCUUUCGUGUAUUCGGUAACUGGAUCGAGCGGAGGUAACAGGAUGCCCCCGAAUUCUGUCCGGGGGGCAGGCCGCCCGCCUGUGGUGUUUUCAACGCCGAAAGCGUCGAAUUAACGUCGAGCAUACACUUUCAAACACUGUGUGUAACGGGCGAAUGCGAGGCCGGCACACGGAACACGAAACACUAAAUUGAACAUGAGAAACACGGCAAAUCUCUGUUUGCCUACUAGACGACAUUAGAUAAUGACAGUGUGAAUUGAAAACACAUCUCAGCACACAUUGGAAACCAUCCAUAGGAAUAAUUAAUAAGUUAAAGUCAGGCAUGCGUUGAAAACAUUAUUUAGCAAGCUGAAGUGUGCAACAGACGCUUUUUCCACUGUGUCUCAUCUCAGCACCAUAUUUCAUCGAAAAUGGCCAGCCGUAAGAUCGGAAACCGUCGUAAUGAUACGUCGUUGCACCUGGAGCAACUGACGUUUGGACUGAAGAAUAAACUGAACGAACUGCCGCGAGUGAGCAACGUGACAUCAGAUGACAACGGACCGUGCACAGUGGCAGAUUUAAGGGCUUGGGAAUACAAGAACUUCGUUUUUAUGCCGGACGAUAUGAAGCGUUUUUACAUGUCGACCGAUGGGAUGCACACGAGCUGGACUUACAAUUAUUCGAAGCGCGCAAAAUUACGUGUAGGCCACCUCUACAUACCUAAAUUGACACACAUCCAGAACCUCGAACUGAAAGGACCGGGAACUGUGUUCGAGCUCGACCGCAUAGGUGACAGGGGUUUCGUUUUACUCGUGUACAAGACAAACGUUACAACCCGUCCGGAAAUUUAUUUGUUGGAAGUGGGAUCGUGGAAGUGGACACUGUUGGCGGACUCCUUUACGACCUACUUACGUAUGACCAUCGAGCAUCUCGGGCUACCAUGUUGGCAGUUAGCCUUUGCCAGCUGUCGCCUGCCAGGGUGGGCUGAACAGCUGUUUCUGGUGCUGGCUCCACAUUUGCUGUUGGACAAUGACUAAAUGCUAGGAGCGAAGAGCGCGAAGGUAAACCAACGAGCGCAGCACCCGCUCAAUGUGCUAGAUCCGGCUAGAUUUUGGACCACGGUACGACGCAUGCGCUCGGCACAUAAAUAGCCAACGACCAACGAGAACGAGAACGAGGUGGCCAUUACGGAGGAUUACUUUACCAUUACGAUAGACCAUUACGCAUUUAAAAUAAACAAUAAAUAGCCACUGCACGGCCACUGUUUCAAUUACAUAGAAA